CUGGUGGUACUGACUGGCAGCAUUGCUGGGCUGCACUGGUGGGCGGCACUGGUGGGCAGCACUGGUGGGUGGGCACAGGUGGGUGGCACUGGUGGGCACAGGUGGGUGGGCACAGGUGGGUGGCACUGCUGGGCACAGGUAGGUGGCACUUCUGGGCACAGGUGUGUGACACUGCAGAGUGGCACAGGUGGGUGCACUGCUGGGCACAGGUGGGUGAUCUGCUGGGCACAGGUGGGUGGAGCUAGUGGGCGCACUGCUGGGCACAGGUGGGCGGAACUUGUGGGUGGCACUGCUGGGCACCGAUCAUCAGGGCACUGAUCAUCACGUGUCAUUGGACACCGCUGAUCACGUGGUAAAAGGCCGCUGUGAUUGGC